AUAGUCCGCCAUUUUUAAAGAUGGAGAUUAGAGGAUGAUUGUUGUUUAAAAAAUUAACCUUUUAUUUCAUUGCAUGCUCUAGAAAACUCUUUAAAUAUUAAAAUCAUGGCCGCAGAUAAUAUGGAGUGCGUUAGAAAUUUUAAUACUCAGUUGGGUUCUUUGUACGAAGCAAAACCGCCUGUAUCCAAAGCAAAAAUGGCCACAGUGACAAAAGCUGCUUUAAAAGCGAAUAAGUAUUAUAAACAUGUAGUACAAAGUGUUGAAAAAUUUGUGCUUAAGUGUGGACAAGAAUACAAAGUUCCAGGUCUAUACGUGAUUGAUUCUAUAAUUCGUCAAUCUCGUCAUCAGUAUGGAGAAGAAAAAGAUAUGUUUGUUAAAAGAUUCACAAAAAAUAUUGUUACAACUUUUGAAAAUUUGUACAAAUGCUGUGAAUCAGAUAAAGAAAAAAUUGGCAGAGUUCUUAAACUCUGGCUCCAAAACAGUGUAUUCCCAGAAGGUAUCAUUAAAGCUUUGUUAGAAUUAGGGAAAGACCCAUCCAACCCUUCGGUUAUAACGCAAGUCCAAGCUCGAAUUCAAUCAAUAUCAGGUAUGGCUCCAACAGCCGCCGUUCAGAAGAAAGCUGCAGCCGAUAGAAAAAAAAAUAAAAGGAAAGAAGAAGAUGAUCUUCUUCAUUUAGUUACUGAAAUGUUAGAUCAAGGGAGUGCUCAGAGUAAAGACGAACAAUUAAAGCAAUUAAAAAAUAUUCAAGAUAAGUUAAUAGCCCAAAAUGAAAAAAUGAUAGAUUCAGAUGGAAACACAAACAACCCAAGCAAAGAUAUGCUGAUGCAAAUACAAGCCCUCAUGGAAGAACUUAAAUCCGAUGGAAAUUCUCUUGAAUCUGUUGUAAAAAGACCUGAAACAAAUACCGAUAGUGAUAAAAAAAUAACUGCUCCCGAUCCAAAAUCUGAAACCAGUCAAAAUCCUGCAGCAUUUUCAUCGUCUGUCAAUCAGAGUACUGUUUUAUCGAAUCAAACUCCUUUUAAUAAAGAAUUAUUAGAUUUCGAUUACGGAGACGAUUCUGAUAGUGAUACAGGUAGCGGCUUGAAAAGACGUUCAAGUCAAUCGCCAUCAUUUGCGAAGCGAUCAAAGGUUUCAGAUAACUCUGAUAGAGAUAUUGAAAGACGAAGAAGAAAAACGUAUGGUCUACCCGCUGCAAGAGAGGGACAUUUAAGCCUGUGUUCGACAACCAUAUGGUUGGGUCAUUUAAGUAAAGGUGUUCAAGAUUCAGAAAUUUGGGAGGAAGUUUCUAAAUUUGGUAUCGCCUCUAGUAUUAAUCUAGUUCCACCCAGGGGUUGUGCUUACGUAGCAAUGAAAGAUAGGAAAUCGGCAGCUGCUGUAUUAAGGGAUUUAAAAGGAUCUAGUUUGGGGUACAAUUUAAAAUUAGCAUGGACUCAAGGAAAAGGCAUUAAAGAGAGUCCUAUUGCAAAUGCAAUAUGGGUAGAAGAAGAUGGCGUAACUUAUAUACCUUGGGACUCUGUUCCACACGACAUAAAAACGAUAUCAACAGGCGGAUGGAUCGACGAAGACACUCUCCCCCCAUCUAAGAGAGGACCUGAGAACGUUGAGGAAACCACCCCCGAGCAGAAUCAGGUACCUACAAUGGUUCCACCUCCACAACUACUGCCUCCUGGAUUUCAGCAGUUGACAGCUUUACUACCCGGACAAUUAGCGCGACCUAUGUUGCAGCAACCUCCGCAAAUUGACGCUUCCCAGCCAAACGGAACGCAGCCAAAUAGUACCCUAUCAAUGACAAACGUUUUACAUGAUAUAUUGAGUGGUAAGGCUGCUGCUAUGGCUAAAGAGAAAGCAACAAAUGCCUUUUUAGACCGGCAAAAGCAGUUAGCGAAUGGAACCAAUCAAAUGAACCCUCCAAUGAUGCAGUUGCGCAUGCCACUACCCAAUCAAAUGACUUCCUCAUCUCCUGUUCAACAAAUACCUACGUCCAUGCCACCCAUGCCUCCACUGCCUAACUUACGGCCAGGGUUGAUGCCAAUGCCACCUUUCGGUGGUGAAAGUCAUCCACCACGACAUCACAUGCUCCCUAUGAUGGAAAAUGCCCGGCCAACUAUGUUACCAUUACCAAUGGGUGUUGGAAUGAACGUACCGCCACCUCGUCUCGGCUGGCCGAAACAUUGGAACAAUGAGGAUCCCCCUUCUUUUGAAGCGCCAUCUAACUUUUAAAUUUUCUAAAGGUGACCUCAGCGGAAGCUAAUUACGUAGGUUGGAGUUGUGAUUGAAAUUAAUUGGAUGACGAGAAAGGAGACGCCCAGUGUCACAUAAUGUGACGUAAUCGUCAAAGACUACGUUAGUCAAGUCGACUUUUCAUUCUUUGUACAUAGCAGAUACUUUACUUAUAUUUAAUUUGUCGUAAAUAAAAAAUGUAUUCAUAUACAUACAUGUGCAUACAAGAUUUUCUCACUAUUUAUUGCUUACGGAAGAAGUUUAUGUGCUAGAAAAUGAAUAUAAAGAGUGCAUUAAAAUUGCCCCAUUUCACAUAGCGAUAAAACUGCG